UAUUAUCAUCCACAUUUCUUUAUCCUCUUUCCAAUCCCCACCAUAGAAAAGGCACUCUCUCCACGCCUAAAAGAGACCCUAGCCUACCUCUCCUCUCCUCUCCUCUCCUCUCGUCUCCCUGAGAAGGAGAACGAUCUCUCUCUUUCUCUUUAGGUCCCUUUCUCUCCUUAUUCAUUGAAGUUGAUUAUAAGCUUUUACGAGAGACUUUCAGGUUGUAACAUUUUAUAAAGAUUAUAGGUUUUCUUUAUUACCGAUAGGGGUCAUGGCUAGGGCUCUUGUUCAGUCAACAAACCUAUCUGCUGCAGUUGGUCAACAUCAUGGCCAAUUUAGAGGAUCUAAUAGAAGAUCUUCCAUAAUGGCAUACAAUAUACCAGCUCCCAGUCUUAUGCUCCGAGGUUUUUCAGGAUUGCGGGCAUCUAAUGCAUUAGAUUCUAUGCUAAGGUCACACUGUAAUUUUCAUUCCAAGGUGGCAGCGGCAAUCUCCAUUCCAAGAGCAAAGGCUAGCCGAGGGGUAGCAGUAGCUAUGUUUGAGCGCUUUACAGAAAAAGCCAUUAAAGUUAUUAUGCUUGCUCAGGAGGAAGCAAGGAGGCUUGGACACAAUUUUGUUGGCACAGAGCAGAUUCUAUUGGGUCUUAUUGGUGAAGGCACUGGUAUUGCUGCAAAAGUUCUUAAAUCCAUGGGCAUUAAUUUGAAGGAUGCACGUGUAGAAGUGGAGAAGAUCAUUGGUAGGGGAAGUGGAUUUGUUGCUGUGGAGAUCCCAUUUACUCCUCGUGCAAAACGUGUUUUAGAGCUCUCUCUAGAGGAAGCCCGCCAACUUGGUCAUAAUUACAUUGGAUCGGAGCACUUGCUUUUGGGACUACUACGUGAGGGUGAAGGUGUGGCUGCUCGUGUGCUUGAAAACCUAGGUGCUGACCAAAGUAACAUACGCACCCAGGUUAUCCGAAUGGUGGGUGAGAGCACAGAAGCUGUUGGAGCUGGGGUUGGAGGAGGAAGUAGUGGUAAUAAGAUGCCAACACUUGAGGAGUAUGGCACUAAUUUAACAAAACUGGCAGAAGAGGGUAAAUUGGAUCCUGUUGUUGGAAGACAAGAUCAAAUCGAACGUGUGACCCAAAUUCUGGGUAGGCGGACAAAGAACAACCCCUGCCUUAUUGGAGAACCUGGUGUUGGGAAAACAGCAAUUGCAGAAGGACUUGCUCAGCGGAUUGCAAGUGGUGAUGUCCCAGAAACAAUUGAGGGGAAAAAGGUGAUUACACUGGAUAUGGGUCUUUUGGUUGCUGGCACAAAAUAUCGUGGGGAGUUUGAGGAAAGAUUAAAGAAGCUGAUGGAGGAAAUCAAACAAAGUGAUGAGAUAAUACUCUUUAUAGAUGAAGUUCACACUUUGAUAGGAGCAGGAGCAGCUGAGGGUGCAAUAGAUGCUGCAAACAUAUUGAAACCAGCUCUUGCAAGAGGAGAGCUGCAGUGUAUUGGUGCCACUACAUUAGAUGAAUACAGGAAGCACAUUGAGAAAGACCCAGCAUUAGAAAGACGAUUUCAACCUGUAAAAGUACCUGAGCCUACUGUUGAUGAGACCAUUCAGAUUUUGAAAGGGCUCAGAGAGAGAUAUGAGAUUCACCACAAGUUACGCUAUACGGAUGAGGCCCUAGUUUCUGCUGCACAACUAUCAUAUCAGUACAUCAGCGAUCGGUUCCUCCCUGAUAAAGCAAUUGAUUUGAUUGACGAGGCUGGUUCUCGAGUUAGGCUUCGUCAUGCACAGCUACCUGAGGAAGCUAGAGAGCUUGAAAAGGAGCUAAGGCAGAUUACAAAGGAGAAGAAUGAAGCUGUUCGUAGUCAAGACUUUGAAAAGGCUGGGGAACUACGAGAUCGGGAAAUGGACCUCAAGACCCAGAUGGCAAAUCUUAUAGAUAAAAGCAAAGAGAGAACCAAGGCAGAGAGUGAGGCAGGUGAUGAGGGUCCUGUUGUGACAGAAUCGGACAUCCAGCAUAUUGUCUCUUCUUGGACUGGUAUCCCUGUUGAGAAGGUGUCAAGUGAUGAAUCAGAUCGCCUUCUCAAGAUGGAAGAAACACUUCACAAGCGAGUAAUAGGUCAGGAUGAAGCUGUCAAAGCCAUUAGCCGUGCCAUCCGUCGUGCCCGUGUUGGUCUCAAAAACCCCAACCGACCAAUUGCCAGUUUCAUUUUUUCUGGUCCAACUGGUGUAGGAAAAUCAGAACUGGCCAAGGCACUCGCUGCCUACUAUUUUGGGUCUGAGGAAGCUAUGAUCCGGCUCGAUAUGAGUGAGUUUAUGGAGAGGCAUACAGUCUCUAAGCUCAUUGGAUCACCCCCUGGUUAUGUUGGCUAUACCGAGGGUGGUCAGCUGACUGAAGCUGUUCGACGUCGCCCAUACACUGUAGUCCUUUUUGAUGAGAUAGAAAAGGCACACCCUGAUGUCUUCAACAUGAUGCUUCAGAUACUUGAAGAUGGAAGGUUGACAGACAGCAAGGGCAGAACUGUGGAUUUCAAGAAUACCCUCCUGAUAAUGACAUCUAAUGUUGGAAGUAGUGUGAUUGAGAAGGGAGGUCGCAGGAUAGGCUUUGAUCUCGAUUAUGAUGAGAAGGACAGCAGCUACAACCGGAUAAAAAGCUUGGUAACGGAGGAGCUCAAGCAGUACUUCCGGCCGGAAUUCCUGAAUCGGUUGGAUGAGAUGAUUGUAUUCCGUCAGCUCACAAAGCUGGAGGUGAAGGAAAUUGCAGACAUAAUGCUGAAGGAAGUGUUUGACAGGCUGAAGGCCAAGGACAUAGAACUUCAGGUGACGGAGAGAUUCAGAGACAGGGUGGUUGAGGAAGGCUACAACCCUAGCUAUGGUGCAAGGCCGUUGAGAAGAGCAAUAAUGAGGCUUUUGGAGGAUAGCAUGGCUGAAAAGAUGCUAGCAGGAGAAAUAAAGGAGGGUGAUUCAAUCAUUGUGGAUGUUGAUUCAGAUGGGAAUGUGACUGUGCUAAAUGGCAGCAGUGGUUCUCCGCAACCAGCUCUGCUUGAGUAAACCAACCACCUCUUUCAACCAUUAUGCCAACAAGAUGUUGUUUGUACCUCAAAACUUAUUUUAAUAGGUUUUAUAUUAGUCUCUUCUGUUCAAAAGUUUAGGUUGAUAGCCAAGUUUUUUAGACUGGAAGGUGGCUUGAGUACUGACAUUACGUUGUAUAAGCCACGCUGUGCAUGCAUUUUUUUUCUUUUGUUGUUUAUUUCAAGCAUUAACAACAGAUAUUGAUGCAAGUGUUCACACUGUUACAUGGACUGGAAAUAGGUAAAGACGAGACGAGUGGAUGCUUCUCUUUCGUCUCGUAUUUUCUGGA